AUGGAAAAUGUCGAUCGGCAGAUAAUCCGUACGGGAAUUCACGCUAUCCCAAUUGAUGUUUGUCGAAAAAUUUGUACAGGUCAAGUUGUUAUCACUUUGGCAGGUGCGUGCAAAGAACUAAUCGACAAUUCUUUGGAUGCUCAAGCCAAGACUAUCGAGAUACGAGUCAAAAAGUUGGGAUUUGAAAAAGUGGAAGUGAUUGAUGACGGUCUCGGUAUUCAUUCGAUCAAUUUCGACGCUUUAUGUAAACCACAUUCUACAUCGAAGCUUACUAAUUUCUCGGACUUCAAUCAGCUAACAACAUUUGGAUUCCGCGGUGAAGCUUUAAGUUCAUUGUGUGCUGUAAGUUCUCUAUGCAUUACAACUAGACAUGCAGAUGAAAUUAUGGCUACAAAACUACAAUUUGAUCACGACGGAUCUAUAAAAUCACGUGAAAAAUGUGCAAGACCGGUCGGUACCACGAUAUUAAUUAACAAUUUGUUUGAAACACUACCAGUAAGAAGGAAAGAAUUUGAGCGAACUGCGAAGAAGGCUUUCACAAAACUUCUAAAUGUUGUGCAAUCAUUUGCUUUAUCUCGGACAGAUGUACGAUUUGUUGUAAAUAGUCUAAUAGACGGUAAACACCACCAAGCGCUGGUAACACCAGGUGGUAAUGCACCUAUUAAAGAUAUCAUUGUGAAUCUUUUUGGUGCUCGUUUUGAAAAAAGUACAAUUUUGGAUAUCAUUCAGCAAAAACCGGAUGAAGCUAUAUGUGCUCUUUAUGGAAUCUCUGAGCAUGCAAAAUUCGAUGACAUUAGAAUCACUGGUUACAUAAGUUCUUGUGUACAUGGACAGGGAAGAAGUAGUGCCGAUCGACAGUUUAUUUAUUUUAACAAGAAACCGGUUGAUUAUGCAAAACUUUGUCGAAUAGCAAAUGAAGUAUAUCAACAGUACAACCGAGGGCAAUAUUGUACGCUUAUUCUCUUUGUUGAUGUCCCUCCUGAUACUAUCGAUGUUAACGUGUCACCGGAUAAAUGUUCGGUAUUCUUCGAACGUGAAAAAGAAUUGUUCUCGUUGUUGCGUGCUUCGCUAUUGGCGACUUUUGCUCCACAUCUUGGACGUGUGGACACUUUAGAUCGAUCGACUAAUGCUAAUGAUCUGUCACAUUUAGGAUCCAUGGAUGAUUCGUUUACUUAUUUAAUGCAAUCAAAUGAUAGCAACAAUUCAUCCGAUAUAUCCACGUCAGAUUUUCAUUCAUUUUCAACUCAAACCAGUAGUCCACCAAAAACUAUCGCUUUUGCAAAAGAUAAAUCACGUGGACCGAGUAUAGAUCUCACAGAUACAAAAGAAAAUGCAAGAAAGACUAGAAAGAGACUUGCAAGUAAUUGUUCUGAAGAAUCCGUUUCUAUCAAAAAACGGCCUGCAGCAAAUUUAUUUGAAAAAUUUGCUUUCAAAGUGACACCUCAUAGUUCCAAAGAAGUUGUUGCUGACAGUUGUACCACUAGUGAAAAAGCAUCACUUUCAUCAUGUCCAGUAGUUGAUCAAAGAGAAAACGUUGGCUUUAGAGAAUCUUCGUUAAGAACUAUAAUAGUGGGUGCAUCGAAAGAUGAGAACAUUAUGAUAGUACCUCAGGAAGAUGCUAAUUUUCCGAAUUUAAGCGAAGAUGAUGAUGAUGAUGAUGAUGAUGAUGUAUUGGUUACAGCCGUGAAAAAUGAAGGUUGCAAAUCUACUGUGGAAGCAGAGGAUAGUUGUGGCACUGCACGUCGUACACAACAGACACUAUCAUUCUCAGUGUCAGAUCUCAAAAAUCAUAUGAACGAACUAAAAGCAUCAAAAAUUGUGUUGAAUGUUUGUGACAGUAAUGAAAGAGCAAUGCAAUCACGUACAGAAUUUCAUAUUGACAGCCCAGAAAUGGCAGAAAGUGAAUUGGCAGCCUAUAUCUCGAAAAAGGAUUUUGAAUCUAUGGAAAUACUGGGACAAUUCAAUAAAGGUUUCAUUAUCGUGCGGCUAAAUAACGAUCUGUUUAUUGUUGAUCAACAUGCUAGCGACGAAAAAUAUAAUUUCGAACGAUUCCAGAAAAAAGCACGUAUACAAACGCAACGCUUGAUCAGUCCACGUGUCUUGGAUCUUGGAGUAAUAAAGGAAGCAAUAUUACGUGAUAAUGUUGAUAUAUUCAAUUACAACGGAUUCGAAUUUCGAUUUGAUGAUGAAGAACUUGUUGGUAAGCGUGCGUUACUAACUGCGGUGCCAGUUUUACAGAGUUGGCAGUUCAGCAUAUCAGAUAUCGACGAGAUGCUUUCGGUAUUAUGUGACUUUCCGGGAAUGAUGUAUCGACCAGCAAAACUGCGGAAACUUUUUGCUUCACGAGCAUGUCGUAAAUCAGUUAUGAUUGGUAGCGCACUUACAAUGACACAAAUGGAAAAAAUUGUUCGCCGUCUUGGAACACUUGAUCAUCCAUGGAAUUGUCCUCAUGGGCGACCAACGCUUCGUCAUCUUUGUGCGCUUGGAUCUAAAGCACCUAGUUCAGAUCCCAAUGAUAUCGCAUCAAUGAUAUGA